CGCAGUCGGUCUGUCAGUAGUGACGCAGCGCCGAACGACCAAAACACAGCUCAGGAUGUCUGCUGGAGGAACCGGAGAACCGGAGGACUGACCGCCUGCUGAACUCACGGUCUCACCGCCCGGGACUCUCCGCCGCUCCGCUCCCGGGUUUAUGAGGCUGGGCGGACUUCAGCUCUGACCUAAAGACCGAGAGAGAGCCGAGCCGCGCGGUCAUGGACCUGUCCGGCCCGUUCACUGAGGCGGAGCGGCCGCGACACCGGCCUUUCCUUAUCGGGGUGAGCGGAGGAACUGCCAGCGGCAAGUCCACAGUGUGCGCCAAGAUCAUGGAGCUGCUGGGCCAGAACAAGGUGGAUCAUCGCCAGAGGAAAGUGGUCAUCGUGAGCCAAGACAGCUUCUACCGAGUGCUGACCCCAGAUCAGAAAUCCAAAGCUCUCAAAGGCCAGUACAACUUCGACCACCCAGAUGCGUUUGAUACGGAGCUGAUGUGUCAGACUCUGAAGGAUAUCGUGGAGGGGAAGGUAGUGGAGGUUCCCACGUAUGACUUCAUCACUCAUUCCAGGCUAGAGGAGAAGAUCCGUGUGUAUCCUGCAGACGUGGUUUUGUUUGAAGGGAUCCUGGUGUUCUACACUCAGGAGGUCAGAGACAUGUUCCACAUGAAACUGUUUGUCGAUACAGAUUCAGACGUGCGCCUGUCACGCAGAGUUCUGAGGGACAUGAGACGAGGACGUGACCUGGAGCAGAUUCUCACACAGUACACCACCUUCGUUAAACCUGCCUUUGAGGAGUUCUGCCUACCAACCAAGAAAUAUGCAGAUGUGAUCAUUCCUCGAGGAGUGGAUAACAUGGUGGCGAUUAAUCUCAUCGUGCAGCACAUCCAGGACAUCCUGAGUGGCGACAUCUGCAAGUGGCAGAGAGGAGCCGUUAACGGACACGCCCACGGGCAGGGUUUGAAGAGGCCCGUUCCCAAGGAAGCCGAACAGGCCUGUGCUGUGCCGACCACGCCCACAAAACGCCCUUUACUGGAGCCCAGCACUCGACCACAUUAACACACAGAGAGAAAGAAAGGUUAUAUGGUUUAAUACCUCACGCUCAUGAACACACACACACACACACACACACACAGGAGACUAUAAUCACUAUUCUACUGUUCCUCACACUGAUCACAUAUCUUCAUCAAUAGGAAAUCAACACAUUUUAUCUUGUAGCUGCUUAAUGAAGUCAUCUGACUUGAAAAAGGUUUUAAUUUUGAAUAAGCUAAAUGACAGAAUCUGCUGAUCCAAGAUCAGGUACUAAAAAGCCAGUCUAAGCCUCAGUGCAGGGAAUAAACGGAUAAAUACACUGGAUAAACUGAUCUCAGACCAGCAACAAGAGCCUAAAGCUGGACCUAAUUUGAAUCCGUUUCACCUACCUUGUGCUUCCAUAUACCGCCCACUUUAGAAGCUCUAGCUUACAUAUAGAUCUCUAUACUGGUGUGUACUGACGCUAUACUGGUGCAUACUGUGAGUUACACACUGAAGCUCCAUCUUUCCUAAGGCCUCCUCCACCCAUUUAGCAUUAGUCAGCAUUGGUCACCAGCAAAGUGGCUUCACCGCCCAAAACUGCCAGUCAGGAGCAGCUCUGUGGUGAAGAAUUGACAUCUGAUAAGGAUCUAGAAGAGUUUCAGACAAAGUAUGAGUGUUGUUACAUCUACCAGUACCUUGUUUGAUCUGAAUCAAAACCGCUGGUGUGAAAUGGGCUGUAAACCACGAGCCGGACAAAAAGAUGUGGCCAUGGUCCAGAUCAACUACGGCUACGUUCACAUUAUAAGCCACAUUGAUCAAAUCCGAUUUUUUGCUCAGAUCAGAUUUGGCUAUCUUGACGGUUCACAUUCACAAAUGUAAGUUACCUGUAUCUGUGUGUAAUAAUGUGAACUAAUCUGUCCUGGAAACGCCACAAAUGCGCACAUUGAUACAUGUAUAAGCGUCGCCUUCUUCACCACCAACAAAAAAAAACUCAUAUUUGAGAGACGACUCGUAGCUUUAUAAAGGGAAAUGGAUGAGUUAGCAUCUUUUGCUGGAGUGGAGAGCAAACAGCUGGUCUGAAGUUCAUGCUCAGGUAGAGGAGGUGAAAAAAGACCAGGUUUGCUUUUGCUGUUUUUGCAGCUAUAGCUGCACAGCUGCACCAAGAGAUAGAGUGUGGGUACGAGAGAGAAGCACGUAGCGCAUGCAUAAAAACAAAAAGAUGCAUGAAUUCAGAUUUGACCGUUCCCAUUCAUGUCACAUGUCCAUGAAUUGGAUAUUUGAUAUCUGAUUUAGGACCACAUGUGAAAGUGAAAAAAUCCGAUACGGCACGUUCACACAGCCAUAAAAAAAAAAAAAAAUCUGAUCUAAACCACAUUGAGCAAAAAAACAGGUUUGAGUCACUUCAGCCUGGUAAUGUAAAUGUAGUCUAAACCAGAUUAUGGUUCGUCUGCAGUGCGAGAACACUUUUCUGGAUGGUUCGGACUUUUGGAUAACAGAAAGUUCACUCAUUAAACAAUAGAAGAUGAAAAAGAACUGGUGUUGUGCUGAAAUCUGACUCCCCUUCACACACACGUCACAUGGCAGUAUGGGCACAACGGAUUAGGUUGGUGAUUCCUGUAUCUACUGAAACUGUAGAUUAAUCCUUAUUUAUUAACAGAAGUAAAAGGAAUCUGAGGAGAACCCGUUACUCAUUCUGCUGUUUGACGCACAUGCACUAGAAAGGCUGAUUCAGUACAACACCUUGAAACGUACCUUGCUGAACUGAUUACAUUCUACAAACCAAUCAGUGUACAGUAUAGAGAGAGACAGCCUACGACAGAACAGGUCAAAGUUCUGCAGUGUGAAACCGAAACUAACCGGGCCAAAUGUAAACGAUGUAGCUAACAAACACAGGAACCCUGGUUUUGGACACUGGUCUGGACUUUCAGGUGUGAAAACAACAGUCAAACUCCAGUCAAAUGAAGGAGUUUCUGUUAAAUUGGCCAUUAAGCAUUUAUCAGUUUUUGAAGUGGGUGAGAAUGGAAAAGGAGCGUGAAUCAUUUUAAGGCUUCAAGAUUAUCGAACAGUGAAUGUUGUAAAACCGGUACAGUGCUCAUAAUUAUCAUUCACUCAGGAAUCUCAAGAAUGGCUCUACUCCAAUUUUAAAGUUUAAGAAGGAUAAAAGUUUGCAGACUACCUAAAAUAACUGCCUGAUUUUUACAUGACUUUUUUCAUGUAAAUCUUAUUUUUCUUCCUUUUUUUUACUAAAUGCUAUAUUUAGUAAAACAUACUAUGAAACAUGGAUUUUAAUUGCCUUAAAGUAUGUUUAAUUAUAAUGUAUGCAUGUGUAGCUGUCACAGAAUAAUAUAAUAUUUUGCUAUUUAAUAUUUAAGGACAUUAAUCUGUUCUUUUAGUGCAUUGAUAUACCCGUGGAAUUCUAUUUUCUACUGUCCGAUUUCUAGUUCUCUGUUGCUGUUUAAUGUAUUUUCAUAACUGUGAAAGCUUUGCAGACACUCGCAAUUCAUUUUUUAUUUUCAUGUCAAAGUUUUAACAAUAUUAAAUAUUAAUACACACUUAA